CCGACCUUGCGGGGCAGAGAUUCAGGGUGGUUUUGCAAAGCCGGGAGAGUUUCGUCACUUUGGGGAGUGAUUUGGGCUCGUCUGAGGUGGCGACUCCUCGGGUUCGGCGUGUUCAGCCCCGGGGCAUCCCAGGGCUGGUAUAAAAGCAGCAGCUCUGCGGAGCUUUUCCAUCAUUCUCCUGCUUUUCUCCUCUCCAUCAGGAACCUCCACCCCUGCUGGGAAAUGUCCUGCUACGACCUCUGCCCCACCACCAGUGGCAUCUCCUGCCCUCAGCCCGUGGCCAACAGCUGCAACGAGCCGUGUGUCCGGCAGUGUCCGGACUCCACCGCCCUCAUCCAGCCGCCCCCGGUGGUGGUCACCUUCCCCGGCCCCAUCCUCAGCUCCUUCCCACAGCAGGCCGUGGUGGGAUCUGCUGGAGCCCCAGCCUUUGGUGGCUCCCUGGGUUUUGGGAGUCUCUACGGCUCCGGGGCUUUCCCGGGAUACGGCGCCCGCUCUGGAUACGGGAUCUCAGCUCUGGCCAAUGGCUCCUGCGGCCCCUCAGCGUCGCGCCGCUUCAGCCGCCUCUUCCGCGGCUCCUGCGGGCCCUGCUGAGAGCACCAGACCCUCCAGGAAAUCCUGGGAAUGCCCAAAUCCAUGGCCACGAGCAUGAGGGGUUGGUGUUUUCACAGCCCCCUUGGCAUUCCUGAUCUUUCUCCUAUUUCUUGUUCGGCAUCUCCUCGUUGUUUGCUCUCGCUGCCUGUUCCGGCAUUCCCUAUUUAUUGGACUGAUAUGGGACAGCCCAUUCCCUAUGGAUUUCACCCACAAUGACCAAUAUCCUCAGACAACAGCCAGGAGAAGCCAGCUGAGGACAUCUCGGAGCAGGACUUUGGUUGGA